UGGGAGAUUUGGAUAUUUUGUUAUUUACUUGAUCGUUUUCGUUAUCUUCUUUCUGAGCUAAGAGCCACUAUGCUGGCCGUUUCAAUGGCGCUGCUUCACCACUGUUCCACACCUCUAGCACGUGCGGUCAGCACUCCAGCACGUGAUCGUGCACGUGCUUGCUCCACGGUGGCCAUGGCCAUGGCCACUGCACCUCGCAAAUCGCAGCCGCAGCAGCAGGUUCUUCUUGGCAUGUCCGAGAACGACCUCCAACAACUUGCUCUCAACUUGGGUCAGCAAAGCUUUAGGGGGAAGCAGCUUUAUCAUCUUAUAUACAAGAGGAAGGUCAGAGAAAUUCAGGAGUUCAUUCAGUUGCCUCAGGCAUUUAGGAAUGAACUUGAGGAAGCUGGAUGGAAGGUAGGGCGGUCUCCAACUUUUCAAACAGUUACAGCAGCUGAUGGGACUGUUAAGUUGUUGCUGAAGUUGGAAGACAACAGAUUGGUUGAAACCGUUGGUAUUCCAGUUGACGAGGAUAAAGGUUCAGUUCGCCUCACAGCAUGUGUUUCAUCACAGGUUGGUUGUCCAUUACGUUGCUCUUUCUGUGCCACUGGCAAAGGAGGUUUUUCAAGGAAUCUUCGCAGCCAUGAAAUCGUCGAGCAGGUAAUGGCAAUUGAGGAGGUCUUCAACCGCAGGGUGACAAAUGUUGUGUUUAUGGGAAUGGGUGAACCAAUGUUAAAUCUGAAGGCAGUCCUUGAAGCUCACCAUUGCUUGAAUAAGGAUAUCCAAAUUGGGCAAAGAAUGAUGACCAUCUCCACUGUGGGUGUUCCAAAUACAUUAAAGAAGCUGGCUUCUCACAAACUUCAAUCUACAUUAGCUGUGAGCCUGCACGCUCCUAACCAGAAACUUAGGGAGAAAAUUGUUCCUAGCGCAAAAUCGUAUCCAUUGAAUGCACUUAUGAAAGAUUGUCGGGAAUACUACCGUGAAACAAAUAGGCGGGUUUCCUUUGAAUAUGCACUUUUAGCUGGAGUCAAUGACUCGGUAGAUAAUGCGAUAGAACUUGCCAAACUACUCCAUGAAUGGGGGCCUGGUUAUCAUGUGAACUUGAUACCUUUCAAUCCGGUAGAAGGCUCUGAGUACCGCCGUCCUUACAAGAAAGCAGUGCAAGCAUUCGCGUCUGCUUUGGAGUCCAAUAAAAUAACUGUUAGCGUACGUCAAACCAGAGGACUUGACGCAAAUGCAGCGUGUGGUCAGUUGCGAAACAAUUUCCAGAAAAAUCCUUUGGUUACCGACGCCGAAAAUCUGGAAACAGAACUCCCAAACAUGGAGCUUGCGAUAGCUAGUUGAUUUCACAACGCUCUUAGCAGUUAUAUUUUCAACACUUUUGCCUCGGUAAAUCGCUAUAUGCCGUGACACAAACAAGUUCUUUUAUGAUGAGAGACAGAGAGGUGUGAUGAACAAGGUAUGAACAGAAGAUUAGCAGAGUCUGUAUUGCUAAUAAUGAAGUCAUAGAGGAGUUUGCUAUGUUGCAUCAUUUGAAAAUGUGUCAACUUUCUUUAUAUGAUCACAUGAUGCUGAUACACAAUGAGAAAUGUGGACACACAUCUAUGCAAUCAUGGUAUCCAUUUUUCAUCUACAACAACUAAAGGUUUAGGCACAAAAGGUAGUGUGAUUAGGAGAUAAUUGUGAUGUUGUUAGUGAGAGAUUUUUUUCCCCCCAUCUAUGUCUUUUCUUUUUCUUCCCUCAAUUCUUUGGUUGAUAUAUAUAUAGAUAGCAGCAAUUGGUCCAUUGUAAAAAUUUUAGACUGAUGUUAAAGUCCCAUUUUGAACCUAA